AUGUUGCCAAUCUUGUUCAUUCAUGGAUUAAUUAAAUAUAUAUAUAGGUACACUACUCAAGAGGAGGCCAAACCAGUAGAAGUAGAAGCAGAGAUCAAAAAUGACAAAUAUCCUUAUUUCAAUGAUGAAUUUGACUUGGGUGAGAUAGGCACCAAUGAAAUUGAAGAGCUACAAACUCCUGAACACCAAAUCCAUAGACAAAACUCUGACAAUGAUUCCACAUCAGAUGAAUUGCCUGAGAUGAAAUCAUUACAACCAGAUGAAGUGUUACUUCAAAAAAUCCUAGUUAAAAUCCUUGAUAAAUUCAAAUCUAAAGACCUUGCAUUGAAUAAAACCUUUAUGGAAUCUAAUUUUCUUAAUAAUAUCAUUGAUCUAAGUGAUACUGAAAUGAUGCAUGAAAUACAAUUUAAAUUGAAUUCCAAUCAACAAUUAUGGCUUGAUUAA